GGUUGAUAAACAUGGCAAACACUGAACAAGAUGCUCGAGAUUUAUUCGAGGAUUUGGAAUUUGUUGGUGAUGAUGAACUAGUUUCAUUAGCAAUGGGAGCACCAGGACGAUCGACAUUGUCUGGAUGCAAAGAAAUAAUGAUGAAAGCUACAGAUUUAGCAAUGAAUGAUCUGUCACAGGAGAGGUAUGUGUUCCAGUAUGGUCCACGUCAGGGUGAUCCAGAGUUCCUGGAACAGCUUGCCAAAUUCUUGUCUAAGCAAUAUGGAGACAAUAACAUUACCAGGAAAAACCUGAUGGUGACGGCGGGCGCUACACAUGGUAUCCAUCUGACAGCCACUGUUCUGUUUGAUCAAGACAUUCCUGUUUUUGUGGAGGACCCAACAUACUUUAUUGCCAUUAAGAUGUUAGAGAAAGAUCUUGGAAGAUCUGUCAUACCAGUUCCUGUGGGGGAAGAUGGUAUUGAUUUGGACAAACUUGAGGAUCUGCUGAAGGAACACAGACAGAAAGCUGGAGACAAGAGUACAUGGAAGUGUCCAUUCUGGACCAUGUUGUAUCUGAUGACGGUGUAUAACAAUCCCAGAGGCAACUGUCUAUCACCCGACAAAUGUAAGAAGCUGGUGGACCUGGCCAGGAAAUAUGAUGUUCUAUUGUUUACAGAGGAUGUUUAUAACCUGCUCCAUUACGAGGAGGGUAGCCCACCCCCACGUCUCCUCUCCUACGAUGUCAGUGAUGAACCUGACUAUAAGGGCUGUGUUCUUUCCAAUGGAACCUUCUCCAAGAUUUUUGCUCCUGGAUUACGCCUCGGUUGGGUUGAGGGACGUCCUGAAGUUGUUAAGCUGCUUUGGGCAAGUUCGACAGCCUGGAGUGGGGGGAGUUUUAAUCACUACACAUCACGUGUGAUAUCAGCAGCCUUACAGAGUGGCCUCCUGUGUGACCACCUAUCUCACCUCCGCAGGGUAUAUGGGGAAAGAUUGAAUCUUCUUUGUGAAGCACUACCUAAAUAUUUACCCGAGGGAUGUCACUUCAAAAAACCAAAGGGAGGUUUCUUUAUUUGGGUAACAUUACCCGACACAGUCGAUGGAACAGCUUUACUGAGUCUGUCAAAUAGUAAACACAAAGUGAAUUUCAUCACAGGUCAAAGCACUUCUCCAACAGGCAGCUUUAAGAACUGUAUUCGCCUUUCGGUCAGUUUUUGUGAUACGGCCCAGAUAGACGAGGGUGUAAGAAGACUUUGCAUCGCUUUAAAGGAAUAUAUGUCAGCUCUUUAAUUGUUGAUUCUAAGAAACCAUUCAAUUCUCUUAAAAACAUUAUUAUUUGGGAUUUUUGUAUGACUAUCUUACUCGAGAAAAGAAUGUUAAUUAUAUAUAUUAAAUCAAAUCAGAAUAUCAAUUUAGAAAGUUAUGGAUCUCUCAAUGAUUAUGAUUUUAUGUAAUAAAAUAUAUAUUACACAUAUACAUGUAUACAAUUUAUCAUAAUAUAUUGUAUACUAUAAGUGCUAUGAUUUGCAAUAUGUGAUUUUUAUAGGUAAAUUUAUGACAGGAUUCAUUAUGGAAUGGUGGGGCUUCCUAGGCAAGUAAUGUCCAAGUUUAUUUGAUAAAAAGUUUUGGGAUAUAGAAA